UGCACUGCUGGUGCUGCUUCAAGACAGUCUGCUGGCUACAACCAGCUCCCCCAAGUUCUCAGAGCUUGUUAUGAAGUGCCUCUGGAGAAUGAUUCGUCUCCUCCCAGAAUCAAUAAAUAACAUCAAUGUAGAUCGGAUUCUGCUGGAUAUCCACAAUUUCAUGAGGGUAUUGCCCAAAGAAAAGUUGAAGCAGCACAAGAGUGAGCUUCCCAUGAGAACACUGAAGACCUUGCUGCACACACUCUGCAAGCUGAAAGGGCCUAUGAUCAUGGAUCACUUGGGCAUGAUUGAGAAUAAGAAUGAGUCUGAUCUAGAGGCUCAUCUACUGCGUGUCAUGAAGCACUCCUUGGACAGCCCUGGAUCUAAAUCGGACAAGGAGACAGAGAAAGGAGCUUCACGCAUUGAAGAAAAGGUUUCCAAAGCAAAUGUGAGUGACUUCUUGGCAGAGAUUUUCAAAAAGAUCGGCUCUAAAGAGAAUACAAAAGAGGGUCUGGCUGAGCUAUACGAGUACAAGAAAAUGUAUUCUGAUGCAGACAUCGAGCCCUUCCUGAAGAACUCCUCACAAUUCUUCCAGAGUUAUGUGGAGCGUGGCCUCCGCCUCAUAGAGAUGGAGCGGGAGGGCAAGGCUCGCAUUGCUCCAUCCACAGGAAUAUCUCUCCAUGCGACAGAGAUUACUGCUCCCCCAACAGUGACAAAUGCUCCUCCCCCAGUUACCAACACAAAUGGAGAGGAAGUAGGCCCUUCUGUGUAUAUGGAGCGGCUAAAAAUUUUGCGCCAAAGAUGCGGGCUGGAUAAUGCCAAGGUCCUUUUGGUAGCCCCUCCUUCUGAAUUUUUCAUCUAUUUCCAUCAGUUGUUCAGUUUUGAGCUUUGGAUCAGUAUUGUCCUUAUGGUUCUCUUAUACUGCGAUACUGGCAAUGCUUUCUUUAGGCUUGCAACCUAUUUGGAUAAGAUCCUACAACCCUUGGUACGGAACACUGCAUCUUUCCUUCUGGACUCUACAAGUAUGAUCCAGCUUUUAUUGCAACAAUCAGAAGUGGACAAAGAAUUAAUACUAGUGACUCUGGAUGUCACAUCCUUGUAUACGGUGAUCCCGCAUGAGGAAGGGAUAAGGGCGGUGAGAAAUCAUCUUCACAAUUAUCCAUACAUAGGACCCAGUAUUGAUGCCCUGACUGAGCUCCUUAAAGUUUGUUUGGAAUUAAACUACUUUCGUUUCGAAAGGGAUUUCUACCUACAAAUUGCAGGAACAGCCAUGGGGUCCAAUGUGGCCCCAUGUUAUGCGAAUUUGUUCAUGGCUGAAUUAGAAACAAAUAGAACAAAUCUCUUCACAGACACAAGAAUAGUUUUAUUCCGAUAUAUAGACGAUCUGUUCUUACUGUGGCAAGGAUCAGAGAUGGGAUUGCUACAAUGGACAGAGGACCUAAAUAAAGUCCACCCUACAGUAAAGUUUAAAUUGACGUAUGAUAAAAACACAGUGGACUUCUUGGACCUGUGGAUUUAUAAGAAAAAUGGCAGAAUCUGCACAACACUAACUCAAAUGAUACAGACAGGAACUUAG